UUUCACCGACUCAAUCUCUGUCUCUCUUAUUUAUAUUUGCCUGCUACCAUUCCUCCUCCCCCCAAAUUUCAUCGAUAUCUCCUCAUCAGUGUGGAAUUAGGUUACCGUUCAUCUCGAUUAACUAAAUGUGUACAGAUGAUGUCCACAGAUGCAGAAGAACCCGACAAACCUCUAUCGCCACAGUAGGCAGCGCUUUCGAACCUAUCACACACCGAUAUCCUCUUUUUCUUCCUGUUCUUUCACAUCUCCCCACUCCUUCAACUCUCCCUUCUUCUUCAAACUCAUGGAUGUAGCAAUUAGGGGUGAUUUCACCGUUUCUCACGGGGUACCAACAAAGAAGAAUUUGUGGGAGCAAUUACGCCUAGAUUCGGUCCUUCGAUCAAACCAAUCGAUUGGAAUUUCUUCUCGUAGGUUUGCCUUCUUUACUGAUUUCUGCAUCGCGAUAUGGGUUGGUUUUUCCCCUGAUUUCUACUAUAAUUCAGUUUCUGCACCUGUGGAUUUCUUGAAGAUAAGAUGCUUAUUUUCUGCAAAAAAAAUUCAUAAGGAUUAACAAGGUGUGAAUCUGAUUUCCAUUUCUUUUUGUUUCCAUUUUAUAUGUGGAGCUGUUUGAUAAUACGUUAAGUGUAUUAAUUGCAGAAAGUACAAUUAAAGGGAUAAAUUUAAUACAUUUUGAAAAAUAUUUUGUGUUUUGAUGAUUCCCAGUCUGAUUUAGUUGUAGUGAAACUAUUGCAAAUGGUUUGUAAUUUCAUGUUAAAACCCACUAAAUUUGGCUUUUUUGAUGUUUGGUAUUUCUUCCUUCAUUAUAAAAUUUAACUUAUGACAUCUAUCUUUAAAGAUUUAUCCUUCUCUUACAUCCGAAUGAAGACGCCAAUUAUUAAAACCUAACUAAACAGGUUGCACAUACACCCCUUCAAUUAAGGUACAUUCGGAUAUACAUACUUACAUAUACGUAUACAAGUUAUAGAGAUUUCAAAAACUUUAAUCCUUUUCUAUUCCCUCAAUUUAUGUCAUUUUCAUGCAUUGCUAAAGAUUUGAAAACCUAAAUGUUGAGCCUCAGGUUCUGGUCAAAAGUUUGACUUGCAUAAAAUUAUUAAACAUUUAAAUGUUAGGCGAUGAAUGUAUUUGUAUAAGUUUAUCUCCAUGUUCGUUAUUACAUAAGUUUUCUGGUUGAUUCGUUUUUUCACAGCAUGAAUGUUAUAAGGUUUUGGUUGUCAAAGGUGAUUGGUCCCACUGAUUAGACCAAACUCAUCUUUAUGUUGUCUUAGAAACUGCCAUUUAAGGUAAUCUCUUAUUAAUCUAUUUAAAUAUAAGAAUGAAAUUUACUUUUUAACCUCUAAAUAAGGGAAGAUUUAUAAAGGUUAAAAUCAAUAAAGUAGUUGCUUAAAAUGGUCCAUCUGGAAAGGAAAAUGAAGUCCAAACACUUCUUGUAGGCAAAAGCCUCAUUCUUUUUUUGUAGGUAUUUAUUUGUUUUUCUUUUCAUCAAUCUUUUAUAAAAGGCAUGUGUGUUCUGAUUGUUAAGUUUUUUUUAUAUAGUUUCUUACAAGUUAGAGUGUGUAGGAGUAAUCUAAAGAAAGAAAUAUCACAUGGAGCUUCAACAAAAUGAAUUGUACUACUCUGUUACUAUUUGCAGAAUUCAUUAUUUAUUAUUUUAUAUUGAAUACAAUUGAUGCUUACCAAAAAAUUUUAUGACCUUUUCCUAGUAUUAUAUUCCAGUUUAUUGUUGUUGAUGAUGUGAGGAAAAGUACUUGCUUAUGGAGCAAAAUUCAGGGUUCUAUUUUCGAAAACCAAUCGGGGGCAUACUAUAGCAGCUAAAGUUGAUUGCUUAUGUUUAACAAUAGACGAUGGUUUAAAGGUUUGAAGUUGGUUCAUAAGAGUACGAAAUGGUUAUUUGGACAAACACGUGUGAGUAAUGUACAAUUUCACACAUCUAAAAGAACACUCUCCAUUCAAGCAAGAAACAUGUACGACAAUUUUCUACUUAUGAUAUCGUUCAAACUCAAGAAGUGACAGAUUGUUGUCUUCCUUCACACUAAAAGCAGUUACAAUAGUAAUUUCAACCGUAUGAUUCAAUUGACUAUCGGCUAAGGAAGUCGUCCAAACUCUCAUAGAAUAAUAUACACAAACUAUUGAAGAAUGAUAGUCCAUUCCAUCACCCUUUUCUUAAGGGUGAGCAGCUGGUGCUUCUUGAAAUGUUAUAGCAGGCCGAGUGAAGUUUAAAUUCAACUCCAAGCCCAUUUUUAUCACACAUGGACAUCAACGAUGUUUCAAAUGGCAAAAAGUUUC